CGUUUUUGUUUCAGAUCCUGUCAAUAUAAGUAUGUUUAUGAUCAACUCGCUCAGUCGUUCAGUGACUGUUAGCGAAUCGGAUCAAGCCACCUUGAGCUGCCAGGUUGACAGUAAUCCCAAAUCAGUCAUCAGGUUACUGAAUGGAACUGAAGAGCUGACAAGGGCAGAUAACUCCCUGACAGCAACAUACAGACUGGAGUCAGCAGACUGUAGACAAAGAGGGAACUACUCCUGUACUGCCACCAACAACAUCGGGGCACCUGUCACCCAGAGGGUGGAGCUGCUUGUCAAAUGUUCUCCUCGACUAGAUGAAACAGUGCCCAAGCAACUCCAAGUACGCCUCCAGGCAGAGUGGUGAAAACGUGACUGUGUCUGUGUCAGUCCUGGCCUACCCCCUUCCUACAUUCACCUGGAGUAGAUCCAUCAGCACCAGCCAGGACCUCACUGGUUCCUCCAGCCCUGUCUCAGACAUCUCAGUCACUGCCAGACUACACCUUACUAACCUCCAGCAGCAGGACUUCGGGGACUACAGUCUUACAGUGGACAAUGAUAUGGGUGGGUCAGUGACAUACACAGUCAGCAUUGUGUCUACAGGACCACCAAGCACCCCAACAAACGUCAGUGUCUCCGCAGAAGGCCCCCUUCACUCUACAUGUUUCCUGGAAGGAGGAGUUCAAUGGCGGAGCUACUCAGACAUUCACUGUAGAGUACAGCACAGAUGAGAAGGACUGGAAGACAGCAGGGAGUCAUACAGAGACAGGAAGUGGGAAUUACUUAACAUCAGCCAUCCAGGAUCUCAACUCUGACACACUGUACUAUGUGAGGGUUGUCGCCAGGAACAAGUUUGGAAACAGCAGCUACACUGAACAUGUGACCGGACUCACGGAGAGGGAAAGUUAUACCCCCUGCAGCCCCUUCACACGCUGGAUUAAUAGCUGGAGUGACAGUCGGUGUGAUAUUGGUCGUUGGCAUUGUGGUCAUCGUUGUCGUCAUGGCCAGGAAAAGAUACAGAUGCAUAUUGCAGAAACCAGGUUCAACAGACACACAGAAUGCGUCACAGAUCCCCGAAAAUAGAGGAGAACACGUGCAUUUCCAAGAUGUUAACCCGUACUCUGGCCUGCAGGAUAGUGUGGAUGACAAACAGACUUACACAGAACUGAAGAAUUAUGAAAAUACUGAAUUCCAUCCUUCUAAAGACACUGUCAACACCUAUGAAGAUAUCAACCAGACCUCAAGACAUGCUUAUGAAGACGGCAAGCCUGCCAUGUAUGUGAAUGCUGAUAUCAAAGGCAAAGAUUCGCCCUAUGUGAACACCUGAAACCAACGACUGAAUCAUCAUUAUCUCUGACAUCAUAAUGGGUGACUUUGAAGGUUACAUACCAACUCAGUUGUGUCUCAACCUCUGCAACCUUCACCAAGAGGAACGUGCUGGUUUGCUGAAACCUAACCUUUUCAGGAACCCUGUCUACAGACAGCAGUUAAAGCUCCAAUGAACAACUAAGAGUUUUAUAUUAACUUCUUUAUGACGGGACCAUCUGACGGUUCUCACUUUAAAUGAGUGUCUUGCACUAUAACCUAAGCAUGCCUAAAUGAACACCAUAUUUAUUUUCGGCGUCCCUCGUUUACGUUUCUUUAUGUACAACUGGUAUGAACAACUGAAGCGAAUUGACUGUAUAUGACAAUCACGAGGAAGCAUAUAAUUUUAGCAUAUGUGCAUUGUCAGUUGAUUCAAAGUUAGAUUUUAUCGAUACAUUUGUUUAUGAUGAAUAUCGGCGGCGUUCAAGGCAGAGGCAGAAAAACAGACUUUACGUUGACAUGUAUUGAUGAGCUUUAAUUUGUACAACAGGUGUCGUAGAUGCCACAGUCUUACGACCUCAAUAUGCCCUAUCAUCAUAUAUUACAGUUAGAAGACCCU